AUGGCCUGUCUUCUGUCUUCCCUUCUCUCUAUCACUUCUGUCUCCUCUCUCUCUCUAUCCGUCUCCUCUCUCUCUCUAUCCGUCUCCUCUCUCUCUCUAUCCGUCUCCUCUCUCUCUCUCUCUAUCCGUCUCCUCUCUCUCUCUCUCUAUCCGUCUCCUCUCUCUCUCUCUCUAUCCGUCUCCUCUCUCUCUCUCUCUCUAUCCGUCUCCUCUCUCUCUCUCUAUCCUCCCUCUCUCUCUCUCUCUCUCUCUCUCUCUCUAUCUCUCUCUCUCUGGUCUAUCUCUCUCUCAUCUCUCUCUUCUGGUCUCCUCUCUCUCUAUCUCUCUCUCUUCUGGUCUCCUCUCUCUCUAUCUCUCUCUCUUCUGGUCUCCUCUCUCUCUAUCUCUCUCUCUUCUGGUCUCCCUCUCUCUCUCUCUCUCUCUUCCGUCUCCCUCUCUCUCUCCUCUCUCUUCCGUCUCCUCUCUUCCGUCUCUCUCUUCCGUCUCUCUCUCUUCCGUCUCCUCUCUCUUCCGUCUCCUCUCUCUUCCGUCUCCUCUCUCUUCCGUCUCCUCUCUCUUCCGUCUCCCUCUCUCUUCCGUCUCUCUCUCUUCCGUCUCUCUCUUCCGUCUCCUCUCUCUUCCGUCUCCUCUCUUCCGUCUCUCUCUCUUCCGUCUCUCUCUCUUCAUCUCUCUCUCUCUCUCUCUCUCUCUCUAUCUCUCUCUUCCGUCUCCUCUCUCUCUUCCGUCUCCUCUCUCUCUCUCUCUCUUCCGUCUCCUCUCUCUCUAUCUUCCGUCUCCUCUCUCUCUCUCUUCCGUCUCCUCUCUCUCUAUCUCUCUCUUCCGUCUCCUCUCUCUCUAUCUCUCUCUUCCGUCUCCUCUCUCUCUAUCUCUCUCUUCCGUCUCCUCUCUCUAUAUUUUAAUAUUAUUCACUAUGUACAAAUCAUAGAUUGUAGUCCGUGCCGGAAUGUAUUGUACCGUAACAGAAACAUUCGAAUCCCCUCCCCCAAACUGGCGUUCGCUGUCGCGACGAAAGAACAAUUCGAUAAUUUAUUUUUAAACAUAAAUAACAAUUUUUUUUGUUGCACUACUGGUGAUCCGUUUUUUUUUUCUUUACCUUUUUUUCCUCUCUUUUCCCUCUCUUUCCUCCUCACUUUCCCUCUCUUUCCUCCUCACUUUUCCUUUCUUUUCUCCUCACUUUUCCUUUCUUUUCUCCUCACUUUUCCUUUCUUUUCUCCUCACUUUUCCUUUUUCCUCUUUUCCUUAUUGCUCUCCACAAUUUCUUGUCCUUUUUAUCCUUCUCUGAUUGGAGAAGAAUAUCCAAUUUCCAUCGACCGAGAAACGGACCAUCUGCAGAACGAAGACAAUCUAAUUCAGAAGAAGGAAGAACUGAGGGUCAGUAUUGUAAAGAAACUGGAUGCCUUACAUGAAGGCAAAAAGAAAGUAGAACAAGAAAUGGAUGAUAUUAACACUUUGGGAGAAAAGAUUGGAAAGUCUUUUGAUGAGUCGUGUGAAAGUUGUCAAGAAAAAAACAAGUUCCGAUCGUACGUAGAAGAUUUGGAAAUGGUUAUCCGGCUGUUGAUGAAAUUGUCCGUGCUUCUGGCUCGAGCCGAGAACAAUCUACGCUGCUUACCUGCCGAGGCUGACCAAAGGAAAAGGAAUCUUGCAGUAGAAAAGAGAAAUCGUUUGUGUCGUCAACACGAAGAAGCGAAACAGCUCAAAUCGGACAUAGACAGACGGCGAGAGCACAUCACCAACUUGCUGGGACAACACCUGGACGUCCCGGCAGAGCUCAAACACAUCAGCAUCAACACAAGCAAACAAGUGACGUUUCCUUCUCCUUAUUUUACAUUCUCCCCCAAAUUCUUCUUCCUUGUCUCAAUUCGCCGACACUUGUGUUUUUGGGCUGUUCUCACUACGGAUGACCAGUUGAACUAUAAUGCCCUCGCAAAUGGUUAA